GCAGGUGCUUUAUGUGUGCUUUGACCCUGUAUCCGAUACUUUCACAAGUGGUACUCUGGUGUUUUGGUACAUUUUUGUCAAUUAUAUCAUCAGCUAUAAACGUCGCAUGUUAGCAGAUAAACGAUCAUAAAUUGCAUACGUUGAUUAGUAGAAACAACUAAUGAUGUUACUGACCUCGUCGAUACCACUGGACCUCUGUAUCUUUUCCACAGUUGCUAUCUACGUAUUGUAUAGAUACGCAACCAGAAACCUCGAUUAUUUCAAGAAUCAAGGUAUUCCAUACUUGAAACCCGUACCGUUCCUAGGCAACUUUGCAGAUGUCGUCCUGUUCAGAACAACAAUCGGGGAAUGGAUGAAAGAAUGUUACGAACGAAUGGAUGCACCAUAUUUUGGCAUAUUCGUCUUCGACAAGCCGUGUAUGAUCAUCAAAUCGCCAGAGUUAGUAAGAGACGUGCUUAUCAAAGACUUCAGUCACUUCUAUGACAGAGCGACGUCAUCCGCAAGUCAUGAGCAACUGCAAGACGGCAUGAUGCUGCUACAGAAAGGAAAGGAGUGGAAAGAAACAAGAGAAAAGUUUACCACCGCUUUUACUUCGAGUAAACUGAGACAAAUGUUUCCUGUCCUGGACUCUUACGGUGAAAAGUUAGUCAAGUAUAUAAAAUCGAAAGACGCGACGAAAGUGGAUGUUAUUGAUAAUUCGAUAAGAUAUUCCACCGAUACGCUGAGCAGGACCUUUGUUGGGAUAGAGGCGUAUAGCUUAGAAGAAGACAGUGAGGUUUAUUGGAAAAUUAAAGCAGCGAUCGCACCCACUUACGAAAGCGGUGUAAGAGGUAUAUGCUACUUUUUCAAACUCCAAACAUUGGUCGAAUGGAUGAAGUUAACGUUCCCGCAAAGAGCCGCUUUGGACUACUUCGCCGACGCUUUCCAACACCUGGUGAAAUUGUGUCAGGAAGGCAAUGGAAAAAUCAGCAACCUCAUCGAUAUUGUCAGUAGUCUGAAGAACAACGACAACUAUAUUAAGAAGUAUGCGUAUGGAGACAGAAAAGCUGUUGGGCAACCGUUCAUGUUCUUCAUCGCUGGCGAAAAUACUAUUAUCAUGAGUUUAGCUUACACGUUAUACGAAUUAGCGAAGCAUCGUCGCGUUCAAAGCAAACUUAGAGACGAAAUUAGAGAAGCAACUUUAGAUGACGGUGCAUUUACCUACGAGAAAAUUCUUGGAAUGAAGUACAUGGAAAUGGUCGUUCAAGAAAUCAUGAGGAUGUAUCCACCACUCCCGUUCCUUGACAGAGAAUGUACCAAGGAUUACACUAUAAGAGGUACCGACGUCACGAUCUCAAAGGGCACACAAGUCUAUGUCCCAAUGUUGGGCUUUAAUUUCGAUAAGAAUAUAUUUCCUGAACCGGAGAAGUUUAUUCCUGAACGAUUUGCGAAUAAAUCGCAGUACAAUCAAAAUGGCAUGAGGUUCUUUCCUUUCGGAGAGGGACCUAGGAUUUGCAUAGGUGAAAGGUUCGCUUUGCUUGACAUAAAGGUUGCUGUAGCGCAUAUCUUGACAAACUUCGAGCUGGAACCUCUACCUGAUACUCCAAAGAAAGUGGAGUACACUCCGCUGGUGUUUAGCCUUGUUCCUAAAGGUCCUAUCAUCUUAAAUUUCAAACCGCUUGCUGCCUAGUGGGCUGGUUCUUUAAUAAUGCCUAAAUAAACUUGUAUAUAGAUCAGA